AUGGGACUUCAACUACCACACUCUGAUCAAGAAAAUAGCAGACAAUCAAAGAGAACAUUUACAAGUACUUCGAGAAGUACCAAUCAAGAGGAGGUACAUAAAAGAAGAUCCAUCAAGGAAGAGGAUGACACAGAAUCACAAAGUUCGCUUUCUUCAACAACCUCAGAUGAGCAAGAUGAUAUUUUGCAGAACAAUCAAAGGGUGGCUCAAUUUCUAGGGGAAUUUGAAGAAACGCCCAUGGAUCUUUUAGAAGCGAUUGAAGUUAUCAUUGGUUUCAGCAGAGAAAGAGAAUCAAUGGGUAUCAACAUGUGGGAGAGGAUUGGGGUCAGCGAGGAAGAUUUCAAGGUGGUUCUUGAAGCCCUUGAAAGAUAUAGCUGGGAGAGCGAGAUUUCUAGAUUACAGGCACCAAAAUGA